AUGUCCCGUCAUCAAUAUUCAUCUAAUAAUCCUGCCGCUAUAGCAGCCGCUCAAGCUUCACAUAAUCCAUUAUCUUCAACUGCAAUUAAAAUGAAUAACGUCAUGAAUAACGGAACAUCAACCGGUGGUCAUCAUCAUCAUACAGGACAACAAGGGACAAUGAUUCCUGGAACUAAUGUUGUGUCAUCAAAUUCUCAAUCUGGUUCCAAUAAUUCUUCAGUAGUUGGAUUACAUUAUAAAAUUGGUAAGAAAAUUGGUGAAGGUUCUUUUGGUGUUAUAUUUGAAGGUACUAAUAUAAUAAAUGGUGUACCAGUAGCAAUUAAAUUUGAACCAAGAAAAACUGAAGCUCCUCAAUUAAGAGAUGAAUAUAGAACUUAUAAACAUUUACAAGGUUGUGAAGGAAUUCCAAAUGCAUAUUAUUUUGGUCAAGAAGGAUUACAUAAUAUUUUAGUUAUUGAUUUAUUAGGACCCUCGUUGGAAGAUUUAUUUGAUUGGUGUGGUAGAAGAUUUAGUGUUAAAACCGUGGUUCAAGUUGCAAUUCAAAUGUUAUCCCUUGUUGAAGAAGUACAUCGUCAUGAUUUAAUUUAUAGAGAUAUUAAACCUGAUAAUUUCUUAAUUGGUCGUCAAGGAUUACCCGAUGAAAAUCAUGUUCAUUUAAUUGAUUUUGGAAUGGCAAAACAAUAUCGUGAUCCCAGAACAAAACAACAUAUUCCAUAUAGAGAAAAGAAAUCAUUGAGUGGUACUGCUCGUUAUAUGUCAAUUAAUACUCAUCUAGGUAGAGAACAAUCAAGAAGAGAUGAUUUAGAAGCUUUAGGGCAUGUAUUUUUUUAUUUCUUAAGAGGUCAAUUACCAUGGCAAGGUUUAAAAGCUCCUACUAAUAAACAAAAAUAUGAAAAAAUUGGUGACAAGAAAAGAACAACACCUGCAGUUACACUUUGUGAAGGAUUACCUCCACAAUUUGCCGAAUAUUUAGAUAAUGUUAGAUCAUUACCAUUUGAUGCCGAACCUGAUUAUGAAGAAUAUAGAAUGUUAUUAUUAUCAGUAUUGGAUGAUUUUGGCCAAUCAUGUGAUGGAGAUUAUGAUUGGAUGCAUCUUAAUGGAGGUAGAGGUUGGGAUGCAUCCAUUAAUAAAAAACCUAAUUUACAUGGUUAUGGACAUCCAAACCCACCUAAUGAACGUGAUAGAAGACAUCGUGAUCAAAGAAGAAAUAGACAAACUCAACAACAAUUACAACAUCAACAAUUACAACAACAGCAACAACAACAAGCACAGCAACAAGCACAACAAUUGUCGGCUGCACAAUUACAUCAACAGAAAUUACAAACUUUGGUUAAUAGACCAUUACCUCCAAUCAAACAAGAUAAUCAAGGUAAUGAUGGCCAGAAUGAUAUGUUGAAUCAUAUGACCAAUCCAGUGAAAUAUGAAGGAUAUAAUACUAACAAUAAUAAUAAUAUGCAAAAUCAAUAUCAUCAACAACAAAUGAUUGACGAGGCUGAGAGUCAAAAAGGAUUCUGGGCUAAGUUAUGUUGUAAAUAG